AUGGCCGAAUCAAAUGUUAAAUACUUUAAUUUAUCUGAUGACAAAAGUAUUUUAUCCAUCAAAGUUUCUAAAGAUUUGAUUAAUCAAUGGUUUGAAGGAAAACGUCGUGAACUUUCGCUUUUCAUCUGCCUUGAUAUUUCAGGAUCAAUGUCAGGAUCUGGGAUUUCUCAAGCAAAAAAAGCUAUUCUUCACUUGUUGGAGAGUUUAUUUACUGGUGGUGUCCUUUCUGAAAGUGAAGUUACUUGCUUCUUUUAUCAAUCGACUUGUGAAGUAGUACGUUUCGCUGAUAAUCCAAAUUUACGUUGGAAAAGUGGUGGAAUUCAGGAAUAUUUCGAACACGUUACGUCAUAUGGAGGUACAAGCUUUGUAUCUGUCUUUGAUUCAAUUAUCGAAAAUGUUAAAACAAUUGAUAAGGAUGUGGCCAUCAUUUUCUUCACUGAUGGCCAAGAUGGAUGUGGACGUGGUUAUCUUGAAGAAAGUAAAGUAAGAUUGGAAGCAGCUUUGUCAGCAACUUCUUAUUCUACCGAAGUUCAUACUAUUGGAUUUACUUCAAGUCACGAUGCUGCGCUUCUUUCUUGGAUGACUAAAGUUGGAAAUAAAGUUGGUAAUUUCCAAUACGUCAGUUCAAGUGAAAAGAUUGUUGAAACUAUGGAAACGACCAGACAAUUAUUAGAAUUAGGCGAUCUAACUCUUUACGUAAAAGUCGGUGACCAAGAACCAUUGUCAACAACAUUUGAUGAUGAAGGACAUGGAAAGCUCAUCCUUACUGGAAACACCGCUAAUGUUGAUGGUAAAAAAAUUACCAUUUUAAAAGAUUUGGAAUGCUCCGAAAAAUAUGAAUUUCCUACAUUCCCUAGUCAAAUUCCUGAUAACGAUCCAAUGGCAACUUCAUUAAUAAUUUCUCACAUACAAUUUGAAAUUACACAAAUGACUAACGAAGUUUUAAGUCAUAAGGAUGAUUAUGUUAAUAAACGUGGAAGACUUGAUGAAAUAUUGGAACAAGCUAAUAUAUAUAAUGAUCAACUAAAUUCAAUCUUGGAAACUACCUUUAAAAUAAAAUCUGUUACGCGUAGUUCAACUAUACAACAAAUUAUGGAAGUUAAAUCCAUUAUGCACCAAUUCAGGAAUCUUUUAUCAGAUCGGAAAAAAAAGAUUGAAGAACUUGUAAAAUCUAUUGACUUUGAUGAACUAGAUAGUCAAGAAUCUGAGGAGACUAAAGCAAAAUUUACUUGCACAAUUACUACUGAUAAUUACAUUGAAGCAAUGAGAGGAGGUGAAUGUAUUUGUCUAACACUUGAUGUUGCACGAUCUCAAGCUGCCAUAGCAGACCCUUCAUUAAUUAAUAUCAAGGCGAUUAAUCAAACUUUCUUAAGUUCCGGGGCGUUUUUGGACUCUAUUCGAUUUGCUUUGAAUGAUACUUACGAUGUUGAAGAAGUUCAUGGAGGCUUUCAACCUGCUUCUUUUAUAGCCAGUAUUGUUCAUGGAGUAGCAAAUGAAAAUAUUACAGGAGUUCUCCCUCUAUAUGUCAAUGAGAAACAUUGGUCAAUUGCCAAAGAGAGAAUGAAGCCAAUAUUGGGGUAUCUAACUACACUCGAUAUGUUUGGUUAUUCAUACUCGCAAGUCACUACUAUUCCCUUUUUAGUAUUGGCGAAAGCUCUUAAUGAUACAUCAACAGAAUUCCGAAGAGAUCAAUUUAAAUUGAUAUUGGAAACUUGUGAUGCUAUAUACAAACAAUCAAAUACACUUCGUAAGGAAAACAUAAAUUUAUUUAAAAAUUACAUGAAAUCACCCAUGAACCGCACCAUAGACAUUGUCCCCAAUAAUUUGGUUUAUCUUGGACAUAUGCUAUGCGCCUUAAGAUGUGGAGAUAUUAGUUCCAAAGAAGUUAAAAGGUGGUUACAAAAUAGGUUAAUCAUAUACUUAAUAGAAGAAUUUAUCCGAAGAAGACUUAACAAAUUUGAAGCGGUCGAAAAGGAAAUGUCAAGUGUUAAGAAAGUUUUGGACAUUGAUCAAGAGAAAUAUAUCAAUGAACCGAUUAAGGAGUAUGAAAAAAGUUAUGAUGAAUACAUUAAGAAUAUAAAUAAACCAACUACGACUGGUAAUUUACGUUACUCUAACGCAAUUCGCCAGGCACUAGGGGAUACUGACGGUGCCAUCCGAGUCAAAUCUACUGAAGAUACAACAGAAACUAAAAUGGAAAUCGAUCCUCCUACUGUUAACAUUCAACUUUAUGAUAGCAAUACUUAUCAAAUCCCCGACUUAAGUUUUUUUACAACAAUAAAACAAUCAGUAAAUAGUUCGAUUGAAACUAUUCUACGAUUCAACAAGAUUUUUGAGUCUUUGAUUGCAGAUUCCACCAAUACUAUCGAAUCCAUCUUGGAAAUACCAGAAUUUCAAUUUACUAAAGAUCAAACAGAUCUUGUAAAUACAUUCUUUAAUAGUUACACACCAAAGGUCCAAUUGGCAACAUUUUUACAAUCAUUCUUGCAUCGUCAAAAUUCAGUACGUCGUGAGGCCAUUGAGUCAGAACCAACAAAAUAUUAUGAACCAUUUUCUGAAUCAACAGCAGACAUAAUACUGUCAAAGAACUUUAAUGAAUAUGUAACCAACACAUUAAAUCAAAAAACCACAGAAAUCAUUAAAGCAUAUACAGAUUUAUUCAGUGAUGAAGUUGGAAUGGCAUUUUGGCAAUGUAGAAAUGUUGAAGAAGCAGCGGGAAUAAUAUUGUUGGAUGUUAAAUUCAGAGGGCAUUUUACAUACGCGCGAAUUAUUAAAGCUUUACAAAGACAAGGUUUAUUUUUAGCGCGAGAAAAAAUUGAAAUGAUAGUUUAUGGAACUUAUAAAGGCAUUAAAUUAUUUAAGGAUGUACCUAAGAAUCCUAAUGAUCCAGAAAAUGUUGCCAAAUUUAAUGAAAAUGUUAUUUGGUCUCCAGCAAGAAGGAAUGUUUUCCGUAUGAUAAAGGCCCAAAAGAAUGUAAUUCCAGAAAUAGAAUAUUGGUUAAGAGUUAUGCCCGCCAGACAUAAGGAAUAUAUCGAAAAGCAAUUUGAUUGGUCUUGCUAA